CAUUUGCAUAGCUCUUGCCGUCUUGCCUCCCAUCUUUAAACCCUAGAGAAGGAGCUCUCACCCACUACCAGCGCGGCGGCAUUCUAUUCUUGCGGUUUGAAUGUUUGUUGGCAACAGUCUAGCGAGGAGUUGCUUUUUGGAACAAAAUGGUGAGAGUCAGCGUGCUGAAUGAUGCUUUGAAGAGCAUGUACAAUGCCGAGAAGAGGGGGAAGCGACAGGUCAUGAUCAGGCCAUCUUCCAAAGUGAUCAUCAAGUUCCUUUUGGUCAUGCAAAAGCAUGGUUACAUUGGCGAGUUUGAGUAUGUGGAUGACCACAGAGCUGGCAAGAUUGUGGUUGAGUUGAAUGGAAGGCUGAACAAGUGCGGUGUUAUCAGCCCUCGCUUUGAUGUUGGUGUCAAAGAGAUUGAAGGCUGGACUGCUAGGCUGCUUCCUUCUAGACAGUUUGGCUUCAUCGUGCUGACCACCUCUGCUGGAAUCAUGGACCACGAAGAGGCCAGGAGAAAGAACGUUGGUGGGAAAGUGCUUGGCUUCUUUUAUUGAGUGGAGUUUUGUUUGGAAAAUGUCUCUUGCUAUGUUGUAGGAUGUUUAAUUUUGUGAAAAUUUUGCUCCUUUUGCGGUUUGGAUUUGGACUAUGAGCUUUUGAAAGAUAACAUUUUGCCCCUGAAAAAUGGCUAUGCUGCCCUUGAUGAAUGAAUGAACUUUGCGUGUUACUACUUUUGCAAUGUGGAUCUUUACAGUAUGAUCCUCAUUAAUUUGUAUGAUCGUUGAGCUCAUUAUAGAUCGUUAAGCUCAAGAAGGUUCUGGU